GUAGUUCAUUAUUCAUGUGUGUAUGUAACCAUCAAUACAUUUUCGUAUCUAAUAUAUUAUUGCUGUUACAAGUACAAGCAAGAUUUUAGAUUAGUAUUCUGAAAUCCGAAUGGUAUGCUCUUGGUUUUGUUGGCUACGGCAUGCCUUAUCUUUCCAACUAUCGACUGAUGACCUGUCAGAGAGCUAUGACGGGGACACGGAUUAAACACGAAAGAUAAUGAUGUUUCUGUUACUGUCUUUGUAUUACAUCGUUGUGCUCAACGACGUCACCUCUGGUUUCAUUUUUGGAGGUCAGCAAAGUGCAUCAGGCCCACGUGACGCCCUAGCUCUAACAUCGUGUGGUCCAGUUCGAGGAAAAGUUCGAUGGUAACGCCUAUGCCUAUAAGGGAAUACCAUACGCUGUGCCUCCGAUACGGACCAAACGCUGGCAGCCGCCGGAGCCACUGACCCACGAGGACGGCACGUGCUGGCCAGGUACGUUCGACGCUUCUGUACUGAAAUCUCAGUGUGUUCAACAGGAUCAAGAUCGUGUAGUGGGUACUGAAGAUUGUCUUCAUCUUAAUGUCUGGACCCCGACAAACGUGACGUCAGCAAAUCUUUCUGUCAUGGUUUUCAUUCAUGGCGGAUCUCUGCAGAGUGGAAACAGUGACCAAUCGGGUUAUGCGCCGACUGAGCAACUGGCACGUGACACAAAUACCGUCUACGUCAGCAUGAACUAUCGCCUGCAGGCGUUCGGAUUCAUGGCUUUGGACAUUCUGUCCAAGAACUCUAAAACCAAUACGUCUGGUAACUAUGGACACAUGGACCAGAUCCUGGCACUAAAGUGGGUCCAGGAAAAUAUCCGGAGUUUUGGAGGGGAUCCAAAUAAGGUUACCCUGUUUGGUCAAAGUUCAGGUGGUAGCAGUGUAAUGGUUCUACUUGCAUCUCCACUGGCGAAAGGAUUAUUCCAGAAGGCGUGGAUGCUCAGUGCAUCACCUCUCCUUACCAAGACUUCAGUCGGGGCCAACAUAGACAACAUCGUGUUCCUCAACAAUACGAACUGUAACAACAUCACGUGUCUACUACAGAUGUCUGCUCAUGACGUCACACAGGCUGUGCCAUGGAACGAGUACCCGUUCUGGGCCAUGGUUGACCAGCUUGACCUUCCAGUAAAGGGUCGCCUUGAUGGGGGACUCGCUAUAGUAGACGGUUACGUCCUCAAGGAGACUCCGUUUGACGCCUGGGUUAAUGGACGUAGUAAUGACGUUCCCCUGAUUAUAGGUACUACCGCACAGGAAAUCGACUUUGAAGGUAUCCCUGAGGAAUUGGUGAAUAAGUCUACAUACGAUGCACACGUUUUACGUAAACUUGGUUCAUUUGGGACCGAUAUUGCCAGGAUGGCAUUGCGACUAUAUCCGCUAGGUAAGGAGUCGAUCAGACAUCAGUUCACGUCCAUGGUGUCUGAUGUACGUGUAGGAUGUGGAAAUGACAUCAUGGCGCUGUGGGCAGCCGUCAACACUGAUUCUCCUGUCUACCGCUAUGUUGUAACUUCUGUACCCUCUGCGCCGGUCAGUAUAUUCGGAAUGCCCCAAGACACUCUCUUAUCGUUUCAUGCAUGGGACACGUUUGCGUUCUUCGGAACAAUGCAAGAGAUCAUGGUCCGUCCUUCUAACAACGAUAUUAUGUUUGAGGCAAACAUUCGCAGAGAGAUUAUGUCUUUUGUUGAAACCGGAAGUCCGUAUUCUAAGGAUUGGCUCCCUUUCCCAGAGAGUGUGGUGCUCCUGUCAGACAACACCAAAGUUACUUCCGGUUACCACUCCUAUCAAUGCGACUUCUGGAUGCAAAACGGUUUCUUUGAUUAUUCAUGGGUAAAUUAAAAGGCCAGUCAAUCAAACAUU